AUGUCUUCGCCAUUUCUUCCUACUGAUUGUCUUUUAUUAAUAUUCGAGGAAUUUAAAUAUAAUAAAUCCUCUUUACACUCUUGUUUAUUAGUAAAUCGUCUUUGGUGUCAAAUUGCCGUUCGUUUUCUCUGGUGUCAUCCUUUUCGGCUUUUAUAUUCUUGCAAAAAUUCUCCUUGCAAGUGUUCAAAUGAAAAAAGACAAUCUCAAGCAAAAAAUUUGAUCGAAACUUAUAUGUCUGUUAUAAUCUACCAAAAUAAGAAUUCUCUGAUUAAAAAGCAAAUAAUUCCUUCUCAAGUUACCGCACCU